GUAUUUAAAACAGAAAGUGGAGAGAGGCUCCUGGAGAUAAAUGCCCACGAUGAUGAAAUACUUUGUUGCGCUUUCUCUGCAGAUGGUGAAUAUGUAGCAACGUGUUCAGCUGAUAAAAAAGUGAAGAUCUGGAAUUCAAGAACAGGCCAGUGUAGGUGUGUAUAUGAAGAACAUUCAGAGCAGGUCAACUGCUGCCAAUUCAAUAACAGGAGUGGUCAGUACCUUUUAGCCACUUGCUCAAAUGACACCUUCAUCAAACUUUGGGAUUUGAACAAAAAGUACUGUAGAAAUACGAUGAUUGGUCAUGAAAACUCCGUCAAUCACUGUAGAUUUUCACCAAAUGAUGAAUAUGUUGCUAGUUGCUCAACAGAUGGAACAGUUAAGCUUUGGGAAGCACGCUCAGCAAAUGAAUUGAAAAGUAUUGAGAUAAAAGAUUUCUUCAAAAAUGCAGAUGAGCAGCCAGAUGACGUGGAGGUUUUAGUAAAAUGUUGUUCUUGGUCCAGAAAUGGUGACAUGAUUUUGGUGGUAGCUAAAAAUAAGCUUCUGCUUUUUGAUGUUACAACAUGCAAUUUGUUGUCACAAGUCAUCAUAAGUCAUCACAGCACAAUCCAAUACUGUGACUUUUGUCCUGGUGAUGAGUUAGUAGCAAUUGCAUUGCCUCACUGUUCUGUCGAGUUAUGGAAUAUUAAAACUUUAUCAAAAGUGGCAUAUUGCAGGGGACACAUGAGCUGGGUUCACUGUGUGACAUUUUCACCAGAUGGAUCUUUAUUUCUAACAUCAUCUGAUGACCAGACAAUACGUAUUUGGGAAACAAAGAAAGUGUGCAAGUCUUCUGAUGCUGUGCUAAAAAGUGAACUAGAUGUUGUAUUUCACAAUGGUGAAGUGAUGAUUUUAGCAAUUUAUAAUCAGAAGCAUUUACAACUUGUCAAUGGAAAUACGGACAAUGUUAUCAUGCAGACAGCAGCUCAAGAAGCCCCCAUUUCCUGCUGCUGCUUAAGUGAAGAUCUUAAAUUCGCAGCUUUUGGGCAGGAGAGUGGAACAAUAAAGGUAUUACAGUUGUUGGAUGGGAAAGUUCUGAAGUCCCGGGAGGCCUACAGGACAUCCGUGCAGCAUUGUCGAUUUACAUCUGAUUGUCAGACUCUCGUUUCGAGUGCUCACGAUUCAGUUGUACAGGUAUGGAAUUGGCACUUGAAUGAGUGUCUGCUUCUAAGAGGACAUAAGGAAGCAAUUAAGGAUUUUAGACUUCUAGAAAAUUCAAAACUUCUUUCCUGGUCUUUUGAUGGAACUGUUAAGGUUUGGAAUAUUGCUACUGGAGACGCAGAAAAAGAUUUUGCUUGCCAUGGAGGUGCUGUUCUUUCCUGUGCUGUUUCACCUGAUGGUAGUAAAUUUUCAUCUACUUCUGCUGACAAAACUGCGAAGAUAUGGAGCUUUGAAAGUUUGUUGGUUCUUCAUGAGCUGAGAGGUCAUGAAGCCUGUGUGCGGUGCUGCGCUUUCUCUCCUAAUAACAGAUUACUGGCCACUGGAGAUGACAAAGGAGAAAUAAGGAUUUGGGACAUUUUAACAGGUGCAUUACUUCACCUCUGCUCCCCAGUUACUGUAGAUGAAGGAGAACCAACACACGGUGGUUGGGUGACAGACCUCUCAUUUUCUCCUGACAGUAGGAUGCUUGUGUCAUCUGGAGGCUAUCUUAAGUGGUGGGAUGUAACUACUGGAGAAUCCUUACAAACCUUCUACACAAAUGGAACAAACCUCAAGUCAAUCCACGUGUCCCCUAAUUUCAAAGUGUGUGUGACUGUUGAUAAUCUUGGUAUUCUUUAUGUAUUACAGAAGAUGUGA